CUACGAACAUUUAAAGAGAAGGCACCGACGCUCACUUGACUGGUGAGAUCUGCAAUCAAACGUUAGUAAUAAUGUGCGGUCUGUAGUGUGUUAGUAACUACUUUUACAGCAUGAGUUCAGAAUCGGUCAUUCUGUUGGAGACUGUCAACUUUGCUGCUGAAAAGCACCGCAAUCAACGACGUAAAGACGCUGACCAAACCCCAUAUAUCAACCACCCAAUAGGAGUUGCAAGGAUCCUAAGCCAUGAAGGUGGGAUCACAGACAUUGAAGUUCUGCAAGCAGCUUUGCUCCAUGACACAGUGGAGGACACUGACACCAGCAUAGGAGAGCUACAGGUCGUCUUUGGGCAAACAGUGGCGCGGAUCGUUCAGGAAGUGACAGACGACAAGGCGCUACCCAAGCAGGAGAGGAAACGUCAGCAGGUGGAGCACGCACCUCAUGCCAGUCACCAGGCAAAACUGGUCAAACUGGCUGACAAACUGUACAACCUGAGGGACCUCAACCGCUGCACGCCCACAGGUUGGACAGCAGAGCGUGUUCAGGAGUACUUUGUGUGGGCAGCCCAGGUAGUGAGAGGGCUAAGGGGGACCAACCCAGCACUGGAGGGACACCUAGAGGAGCUCUUCAAACAGAGAGGGGUCGAGCUUUGACACCUCUCUGUUUCUGACACAGGGUGGCACAAUGUACUUUGCAUUCAUUGUUUGUAGAACUGGCAAACCAUCAAUGUCACCUUUGAGUUUUAUCGCUGUAUUAAAUAAAGCAAUGCUAUGCAUAAUUUUGUA